AUGAAACUAUAUCUCGUAGGAAUAAAGGGGGAAGUUGGAAAAUGCUCAAAAGUUCUCUAUGAUGUUGCAUUCCAAAUGCGAGAGGCAAUUAAAGAAAUUGGGGAAAAAAACAUAGAAAAAAUUGAGUUUCGUAAGCAUGCAAAUCCUUAUGGUACUGUUGCAUAUGGGUUUGAGGGUGACAUGAUUGGUAAAGCUUGUGAAGAGGUCCUUCCAUUAGAAAUGACCAUUAAUGAAGAUUUCAUAGCUACAAUUGGUCCAGGGUAUAAACAUCCAAAUUAUGAUGCUAUGCAUAUCAAUUUAUUGAUGGAUGCUAAGAAGGAAGUGAAGUUACUAGUUGACGAUUACAGGAAGACUUGGGAAGAGGUUGGAUGUACCUUAAUGGUUGAUGGUUGGAUUAAUACCUCACAUAGGCCAUUGAUUAAUUUCCUUGUCUACUGUCCUAAAGGAUUUUGCUUUCUUAAAUCAAUGGAUGCUUUAGAUGUUGUAAAGGAUGCCUUUACAUUGUUCAAGUUGUUUGAGAAAAUGGUUUUAUGGGUUGGACCUAAUAAUAUUGUCCAUGUUGUCAUUGAUAAUGGAACAAAUUAUAAGGCUAUAGGAAGAAUGUUGUCCGAGAAAUAUAAGAGUAUUACUUGGUCGCCUUGUGCAGCACAUUGCAUAAAUUUGAUUUUAAAUGAUAUAGUUGAGAUGAAUCAUAUAGUUAAUCUUGCCAAACGUGCAUAUGAAGUGACGAAGUUUGUGUAUAAUCAUUUAGUCUUGUUAGCUUGGUUGAGGAAAAGACAAGGUUGGACAGAAAUUGUACGCUCGGGUGCAACCCGUUUUGCAACCACUUUCAUUGCAUUGAGAAACCUUCAUGAGCACAAACAUACCUUGCAAGCAAUGUUGACAAAUAGAUUUUUUGUGGGUUCUCGAUAUGCAAGAAGUCAUAAAGGCAAGGAGGUUAUUCCCAUAAUUCUAGAUUAUGGAUUUUGGGAUGGUAUGGGUAUGAUUGUAGACUCAGAUGACAAGCCUGCAAUAGGAUAUGUGUAUGAUGGCAUGUACCGAGCGAGAUUGAGGAUUAAGAAGUUAUUUAAGUAUAAGAAGACACUGUACAAGCCUUAUACAAAUAUUAUUAAGCAACGGUGGGAUAAGCUAUUGCGCCGUGAUAUUCAUCUUGCUGCUUAUUUUUUGAAUCCAGCUUUUCAACAUGACGAGGCAUCUUUUUGUAAGAAAUUGGAGGUCAUGAGUGGUCUCCUUGAUGUUAUUGAGAGGAAAGCAAGUAUGUUUAAUCGUGAGCAAGUCAAAGUUAGUGAUGAUAGUAGGAUAUUUCGAGACCGUGAAGAAAGCUUUUCUCGUGAGCAUGCCCUUCAAACCUCCAUAACCAUAUGA